AUGGAAAACCCAGAAAAGUUUUCAGAUUCUGACACUAGCUCCUAUGCAGAUACAAUGGACUCUCUUAGCAGUUUUUCUGAUGACGACCCAAAAAUGCUGAAUGAAAAACCGAGAGUAGUCCUGAAAUUGAUGGAUUUGGCAGCCAAAAUGACAGCUCAACACUAUUCCUGUGAGAGUAUUGAGACUCAUAACCCUCCUCUUGAUGAAGCUUUGUUAAAAAAGGUUUCGUUCUGGGCUUUCCCUCAAGAUGAAAAAAGGGUAAAAGCUUAUGCCAGGCUUUGUGUAAAAUCAGAAAGGGUAUGGAGGAAAGGAGAAAUUUUUUAUGAAAACGAAAGUUUUCAUGACAUCAGACAAGUUGGGUUUAUGGUAUCAGCUGUUAUCAAUGAGCAGGUUUCCAAAGUAUCUGUGACAUUUGAAAAACAACAGAUUACCUCUUCAAAAUGUGCUUUAUGCCCACAUUAUAUAUGGUGUCACCACAUCAUUGCGGUCAUUCUCCAUAGAAUGCGAUGCUCGGAUAAGAUUUGUGUGCAUGCACCUGUAACAGAGACGCUGUCUUCUCUUACACGAGACCAGCUACAGAAGCUUCUACAGUAUGCUAUAAAUGAGGACCCGGCAGGCAUGCUUGGAAGAGUGUUUCAACAUAUUGAUGCUCUGAGAGAUGCAACAUCGAACAUGAACUGUGUACAUGGAGCCCCAGAUCAAACAUUUGGGGUCAGUAAAGAGGACAAGUUAACAUGGAGCCUCUCCUUAGAUUUACUCAAGAAGAACUUAGCGGAUGACCUGGAGCAUGGAUCCCGGAUUUAUCCUAAUUCAUGUCAUAUUGUUGAAAAGAUGAAAUCUAUAUUCUUUGGGCAAUACUUUCAACGGGUAAUGGAACUUAUUGAGAUAGAAGAAUCUGGUGUUGCUGGAGAAGUGCUGGUCACUAUUGCUGAAAGUGUUCUGAAAGUUAUCCAUAGCCAGCAAUCUCCAAGCAACAUGUUGAAAAGGAUAUUGUAUGACUGUGAACGACUCUUCAGUUGCUUCAUUGUGUCCUGUCCUGAUGAAUUUAAGCAGCAGAUUGUCUCUAAAGCCAUCAUGCUAAAUGAAAGAGCGAGACGAUUAACUCCAAACAUGGAGUUCACCAAACCUAGUUUAUGGGCAGAGAUAGGGUCUAUCAAACUGCCCUGGGAGGAUGAUAAAGACGGUGUGAUGGGAGAAGCAUUUAAAGGUUUCCCAUUCUAUCAGACAGUCUGUGCUAGUCUGAUCACCAACCCACCUCAGUCACUACAGGAUGUGCUUUGCUGCAGAUGUUCUACCACCAACAGCAGUUAUGAGGAACCUCUGCCUGUAAUGCUGAUGAGAUUGGAUUGUUUCAUGUGUUUGGAACCCACAUUGUCUGGAAGAAAACUGCAAAAAUUAGGGAUUAUGAUACUGAAAAAACUUCUUGCACUCUCUCUAGAACUUUCAAUUCUGGGGACAAAAGAGUCUACAAAUGACACAGGCGCUGGUGUACAACCUGAUGAUGGGCCAAGUGAAGAAGGACCAACCAAAGCAAAGCGAAGAAAACACUCCACUAGCAAAGGGAAAGCCAAGAAAUCUACUGUACCUCAUAAGACUUCGGUGUCUAGCCUUACUCAGCACAAGUUAUGUGAUCAGAUAGAAGGACUUACAAAGGCUCAAAUAUCCUACUGCCUGCUGUAUGUGAGCUACAUUGUGAGCAAGACACUGGAUGAACGUCAUUUAGACAGUGAAGAAACACCGAUACUACUGGAUGCAAUUCUGCGUGCUGUUGAGUUAGGCAGAUUCCGAAGUGUAGCUCCGAAACUUGAGAUAACAACAGAGGACUAUAUUUGGCUAGUGUUUUUAGAGAACAAAAUAGAGGAAACUUUCACAAAAGUUGCUCCUAUAUGGCUAGAGAGUGAAGGAAAUGUGACAGAUAUGUACAUGUCAGCAUUGUUUGAGAGAGGACUACAGAUGUAUGGAGACAAUGUGCCUGUUUCCCUCAUCAGCAUGUUGCUUUGUGUUGGGAAAAAGACAAAACAGAUGAUUAAACUAUGUACAGAUACAAUCUGUCAUUCCUUGCAUCCACUUGCACUUCUAACCAUUCCAGACAGUAGCUGUGAAUAUAGAUCUAAGAAUAACAAGGACGAUCUUAUGAGGAAGUGGACAAAUCUUAUCACUUGUGUGUUUGACUUCUGUACAGCAAACUCGGCAGAGUGCAACCUGAUUCUCACAAGGAUUCUGAAGCAUUUAGGGCAGGUUGAUGACUGUGACUACUUGAUGGCUGCCUACAGAGUGAUUCGGGACUUUCAGUCUACUCUUGUGGAGAAGGAACACAUGGUGCUAGUGGUGCAGAUAGUUCUACAAUGUAUCCAACACAAUGUGGAUGGAACUUGGGACAACUUCAGUAAUUAUACAGGAAGUGCUUGGAACACCCUCACCAAGCUUGGCAGACAACUAGAUAUGGAGUUUCCCAAGCUCAUCCUACCUGUGUGGCUAAAGCUGUGCAAGUUCUAUAACUCCUCUGAACUCAAAGGUAUCAUUGAGGUGAUGAAGGAUGCAAUUAAGAAGGAAGCCAUGCUGCCGACAGAGAUGACAAACAUGCUUCAUAAGUACUUUGAAUCAAAAUUCCAUCAUGAUGAAGAGUGUUGUGACUUUAUGGACUUCUUCAAAAUCACUGAUAAAGGCUACCAACAGGCCCUGAAAAAGAUUGCUGCAAACUUUGAAAAUUACACCCCCAAAGCACUCCUCCUCAUUGCCAAGAGACAAGUUGAGGAAACUCCUACCUCAAAAAUCAAAGCUGGAAAUAUCUUUCAAAAAGAUGUGUUCAAUUUAAUUAGACUUGCAUUUAGUCGCCUCCAGGUGCUCAACAAAGACUACCCAACGAAAUUCUCUUACCUUGAUGCAGGAACUCUCAACUACCUCAAGUACUUUUUUGAGAAAUUAGCAGAGAAUGACAGUGAAAAUGUAGCUUCUGGUAAACAAUUUCAGAAUUUCAUGACACACUUGUCAGACAGCAUGAUGGGAGAUGCUGAAGUGCUUGUCACAUUCCUAAGAUCUUUAGAGAAGACUGAGCACAUGCUCCCAAAAGCUAAGGAGAAGCUUGGAACAAAGCUUAUUGAUUGCUUCCAAAGGCAGUUUGACCAUGAACUAAGGCACUGCAGUCACACCUCUUAUCGGCGUGUUCUGAAAGAUAUGACCAAAGCAAGACAAACUUGUAUGCAGUUUGUAGACAAUGGUGCUGUGCUAUUUCGCACAGGUGUCACAAACUUUGUCUCUCACAAACACAAGGGUAAGAAAAAAUUCAUUAAGGUCAUGGGUGAGAGUUUCAGAGAACUGAAUGUUGAUUGA